AGGUUGCCCCGCCCCGAGAACUACAGUACAGUUAGUAGGUACUCAAAGUGGCUGUGGUACUGUAAAUUAGGUGUGCUUCUGCAAGGGUUCUAGCUUGUGGCUGGUGCUCACUUCUCUCAUUGCGGACUGGGCUCUGUCUGGCUCUUUACACAUCAUCCCAACCGACCGCUGGCCCAGUCUGGUUCCUGUUCCCCACGGUCGACGAACACCUUUUGACGUGCGACGACCAUCCGUGCUCGCCUACGCCAUCCGAGCGAGAAUCCUUUCCACUCAAGCCCGAAAGCUCGGGCGCUGCUCGCACACUCUCUUGGUCAUACAUGUCUAUUCGGCGACAAGAGCUUGCACCUCCCAUACCCCAAGAUUUCGGUUGCCUCACGCAAGCGCCAAGCGAUUCUGACGAGACGCUGCAAGAGGAGAGACCAGACAAGCGCCACUCCGCGCGUCCAGUCCAGGCGACAACCGACCAACUCAUCCUACCUUUGGCUCAUAUCCGUCGUUACUGUUUCUCUGGCAUAUCCGAUUACACGACACUGCUACAGUAAUCAAUACUCGAUUGCGCCGCCACAAUGCCAUCUAUUCUUAACGACGAUGAUAAGGAUACCGUAAAGCGGUUCAUCCCCAAGCAGUCCAACAAGAUUCAGGCCGUCGCUGUGGCCAGGCUCUACGUAGCAUAUCCCAAUCGCUCAAAAUGGACAUACACCGGACUACAGGGAGCCGUUGCGCUCGUCAACGAUCUGGUCGGAAAUACAUACUGGAUCAAGAUGGUGGAUAUUUCGGUAUGUCCACGAUCCAAUAUCUAAAUUGCUCCCACCACACCUGACCACCACAUGCUAACUUGUUCAGCCUUCCAAUCGAGGAGUUAUUUGGGACCAGGAGAUUUUCGAUACUUGGAACUAUAACCAAGACCGAACCUUUUUCCAUACCUUCGAACUCGAAGAAUGCCUGGCUGGUCUGAGCUUCGUCGACGAAAAGGAGGCCAAACAGUUCAAGAAGAAGAUGGAUGAGCGAGAGAAGAAUGCAAGCCGAGCUACAAAGGCGACACCCUUCGGUGGAGGUGCCCAGCCAGCCCAUAAGCAUGGUCUGUUGGGAGGGCUAUUCGGACAUCGCCAUUCCACUCAUAUAAGCUCUCAGCACACAGCCCCGACCCCUCCGGAGUCUCCCCGGAUGCCACAUAACUCCAUCCAGCAUCAUGUUGUCAACUCGACGCCCAAUCUCAAUGGCUCAAGACCUUCUGAAUUUGCACUCUUAGAUGCGUUCGACCCUCUGUGGCGCGAGCACUUUGGCGCAGAUCUUCAAGACAAGGGUUUGACGGACGACUUCAUCAAAGAAAACCAAGAGUUUAUUGUCGACUUCCUGAGAGAAGAACAACAGAAGGCCAAUCAGCCUCAUUCGACACCGCCACCACCUCCAGCAGCGAAAGCACCCUCGCCAACGCCAACUGCGAACGGCAAUGAAGGAAGAGGCUCUCGAGCGCCUCCGCCGCCACCGCCGCCCGGUGGUCGACCGCAGUCAGACGGUCCUCCAGCGCCCCCGGCUCCGAGAAAAGGUGGCCCCCCACCUCCUCCAGCCCCGAGACGGUCGGGCAAAGCCGAAUCUCCGGCGAAGGAUGCUGCGCCUGAACGAGCGCCGUCGCCUCCUCGACCGAAGUUUGGUGUCCCUCCACCAUUGGCCGACGCUGGCAAAUUCGCACGUCAAGAUCCUCCAAGGGCUGUUCCAGCUACGCCCACUCCUGGACCCCCCCCUCCUCCUCGACCGGCCAAGACUCCUAUAGAAACACAGAAGAAUGAGAGUCACAGAUUCGGAGUUCCUCCUCCCUUUCCUGGUUCAAGGGUACCCCCACCAACACCUAGCCGUGGGCCUGUUCCUCCUCCUCCUCCCCCUCGACCGGCCGAUAACCACCCUGUGCCUGCAGCUCUUCCUCCUCCUCUGCCUCCCAAAGUACCGGCUUCUUCAGCUCCACCACUGCCGCCUCCAAGCUCCCGGCCUGUUCCUCCUCCUCCAGCAGCCAACAAUCACCCUCCUGCUCCACCUCCCUUACCGGCGACAAGUGCUCCUCCACCUCCUCCACUACCACCAACAUCAACAAAUGGUGCACCUCCUCCGCCUCCUCCGCCCCCUCCACCUCCAGGAGGCCUUGGUGCACCGCCGCCUCCUCCGCCUCCCAUGCCGCCUGGAACUGGUGCACCUCCUCCACCUCCUCUCCCUCCUGUUGCUGCAGGGGGGGAUCCUGGCCGAUCAGCCAUGCUGGAAGGCAUUCAACGUGCUGGCGGAAUCAACUCCCUCAAGAAGGUUGAUCGCUCACAGAUUCGCGACCGAAGUGGUGUUCAAGUUGGCAGUGUCGGCGAUUCUGGCGGUGCGAAUGCCGCACCUGCAGCAGCUGGUGCGCCUGGCGGUGGCGGCGGCAUGGCCGAUGCGUUGGCUGCUGCUCUCCAGAAGAGAAAAGAAAAGGUCUCCAAGAGUGAUGACGAGAGUGACAACGAUGACUGGUAAACUAAACCACAUCAGCACAAAAUCCAAGAGAAGGAAGGAGGAGCGUGGUAGAUAUAGUCGACAAAGGAUUAUCGACCUGUCUUUUAUAAAAUCUGCACUUAUGGGCAACGACGAGGAUUGUGACGAAUCAACCAGUUGCAGACGUAUCUUGGUUGCGAAUCAGCACCAACAUCUGAGAUCGGGCUUGUAUCACCAAAUGGUUCUACUGCGCCUGUAGUAUUUCCAGUUGGCAUGACAAAAGUUGGUUAUGUUCUAUAGACACCCAUAGCAUUAACGAGAUUCUACAAGAUUACAGAAUGACUAGCCCACAAAAUCAGCAAUAGUUAGUGCGUUGCAUUUACUAUUCACGACAUGAAUGCAAUGCGAGAAUCAAAGAAUAUUUAUGAAACCAUAAAAAAAACGUGUUCGUCCAGUAAAAACAACCUAAAAACGGAACAAGACAGAAAAUUCGAUCGUGAUACUGAAAGUCCAAAAGAGAACGACAUGCCGUGACGUCCCUCCCACCACGGCCGUCUACGACUCCACAGCAACUACUGUCGUGGGACCCGACGCACAGAGCUUUGGGUGCUCGGCUCCGGGUUUGAGAGAGAAGACAAUAUCAACAACACCAGCCGCGAAAUACGUUUGUAUCACCCGGUAGCGUCGGGGGCUCGGUGGAGAGAGAGAAGGGGAUUUGGAGGGGCUUUGGCGAGCUUAAAUGUCGUCAAUGUCGACCUCCUUCUUGUUGCCAGCGGCGCCAUCGUCAGAGUCAUCGUCUGAAUCAGCGUCGCCGAACUCGAAGUAGGCCUCGCCAUCCUCUCCCUGGCCGAAAGAGUCGGUUUCGUUGAUCUUGGCGUUCUCAGGGAGCUCGCCAUAAGACUUGAGGGUACGGGCUUCGUCGGCGGUGUACUUGAGAAUGACGUCGCCCUUGUUGUCCUGGAAGUCACGGAGAGAGAGGAGGAUAAUAUCACCCUGGUUAAUCCAGACCUUCUUUCGCAUUUUGCCGC